ACACCUUGAGUCAGUUAAAGAUCAACCUUCGAUUUAAAGCGAUUGCCACUAUGAAGUUCCUGGCUCUUUUUGUAUAUGCCUUCGUGAUGUUGAGUUUGGUUUCUCAGCUGGAGGCUCGGCAGCGUUUCUACUGCCUUUGGAGCACCAAAAGGACCUGUUCGAAGACCACUCCCAGAUGCAUUCGACUCCAAACAGGCGUUGAUUCACAAAGUGCUGCGGUGUACACAUGCAAGUACUAUCAAAAUGAUUGCCAGUACCUCCUCGACAACUGCAAGGGUAAAACAGCUUAUGGCCAACUUGGCACAUCAGUGAAUGUGCUUACGUAUUGCAUUACAAAUAAUAUCGCAAUUGGAGGAACUGGAGAUUGCACAUAAGAAACUUGUACUUAUUGCUCCCUUAUACGAGUAUAUAAGUUUUUAAUUAAAAGUUGUUCCUUUUUAUAACUUCAAUCCUGUCUUAUUGAUGCAAGGAACUGGAGAUUGCACAAAAGCUAGUUGUAUUUAUUGUUCCCUUAUAUAAGAGUCUUUAAUUAAAAGUUGUUUUAUUUAAAACUCUAAUCCGGUCUUCUGAUGCAAGCCCUCUUAU